GAAAAGAACAAAACAAAUCGGCAUUUCGGCAGUUGCAGGACGCGCGGGUCGGUGGGGAAGAUUUCGCCUUCUCUCUUCCCCUUCGAUAUUCCAAAGUCUGCAACUUUCAACAAUUUUCUUUUUAAUUCCAUUUUUUAAAGAUUAAAUCUUUUUCCUUUUGACAUUUCCCCAUUUUGCCUCUAUCUCUGUCUUCUUCAUCUUAUUCACCCCCCACCAUAAAAAAGAUAAAUUAUUUUGAUAUUUCCUCCAUUACCUUAUAUAUAUACGCUUACGCAUUUUUAUUGAGACCCAGAUUACACAAUCCCCUUGGCGUCGUUUUGUCAUGGUAGAUUGAUUGUUCAGACAAGUGAGAUUUUGUUGAUUUGGGUACGUCGAGAUGCCUGGAAUUGUUGAAGAUGUUGUACAUGAAUCGAAUGGAAAUUCCAUGCCUAAUAAGGAAAACCCAGCUCUGAAUGGCUUCCCAAAGGGUACUAUGAGUCAGCAAAGUCCUGGGAGUACAGGACCUGAUCGUCCAGUUGAUGGGGUGGUUGACACCUCAAUUGAGCAGCUUUAUGAGAAUGUGUGCGAUAUGCAGAGUUCUGAUCAGUCACCCUCAAGACGUAGUUUUCGAUCGGAUGGUGAGGAGUCUAGGAUUGAUUCGGAGUUACACCAUCUUGUUGGAGGAGAGAUGAGAGAGGUGGAGAUAAUGGAAGAGGAAGUGCUACAAAAGCCAGCGUAUGAUUCUCGUAGUGAUUCAAGUCUUAAGAAGGAAGCUUCGUCCUCGGAUAGAAAACCAGUAAAGAUGGAUAAAUCUGCAAGUACAAAAUCCACUUCUUCAGGGAACUCUAAGAAAGUUGCUCACUUGCAGGUGGACACUGAAACUUCAUCAAAACCAGUGUUGAAGGGAAGAAGUCCUGAUAAACCUCCCAUUUAUGGGGUUAGUGAUAAGAAUCCACAAAAACAACAUGCAGGACCCACUUCUGUGAAGAAACGCAGGAAUGCAUCUUCAGGAGGGUCAAAGUUGCAGAUUGGAACUGAGGAUGUGGCUGAAUCAGGAUUAAACAAUCCGGAUCUUGGGCCAUUUUUGCUUAAGCAAGCUAGGGAUUUGAUUUCUUCAGGGGAUAAUCCCCAGAAGGCUCUUGAAUUAGCUCUUCGAGCUGCAAAAUCAUUUGAAUUAUCUUCAAAUGGGAAACCCUGUUUAGAGCUAGUAAUGUGUUUGCAUGUUACAUCGGCGAUUUAUUGUAGCUUAGGCCAGUACAGUGAGGCAAUUCCUGUUCUCGAGCGCUCAAUUGAGAUUUCAGCUAUUGAGGAAGACCAAAAUCAUGCCCUUGCUAAAUUUGCUGGCCACAUGCAGUUGGGUGAUACUUAUGCUAUGCUGGGCCAACUUGAGAAUUCAAUUAUGCAUUACACAAGUGGAUUGGAAAUCCAAAGACAAGUUUUGGGAGAAACAGAUGUAAGAGUGGGUGAGACUUGUCGGUAUCUGGCUGAAGCUCAUGUUCAAGCACUGCAAUUUGAUGAGGCUCAGAGGCUUUGCCAAAUGUCUCUUGACAGUCAUAAAGAGAAUGGUUCCCCAGCUUCUCUGGAAGAGGCAGCAGAUAGGAGACUGAUGGGUCUUAUAUGUGAAACGAAGGGAGAUCAUGAAGCUGCUCUUGAGCACCUUGUUUUAGCCAGCAUGGCUAUGGUUGCACAUGGCCAGGAAGUGGAGGUGGCUUCCGUCGAUUGCAGCAUUGGAGACACGUACUUAUCUUUGUCUCGGUAUGAUGAAGCUACUUUUGCUUAUCAGAAGGCACUGACUGUGUUUAAGACCACCAAAGGAGAGAACCAUCCAUCUGUUGGUUCAGUCUUUAUCCGUCUGGCUGAUCUGUAUAACAGGACCGGGAAAGUUAGAGAAUCAAAAUCAUACUGUGAGAAUGCCCUUAGAAUUUAUGAAAAGCCCAUGCCUGGAGUCCCUCCUGAGGAGAUGGCAAGUGGUCUCACAGAUGUUUCUGCUAUAUAUGAAUCAAUGAAUGACCUUGAGCAGGCAGUCAAGUUGCUACAGAAGGCGUUAAAAAUAUACAAUGAUGCCCCUGGUCAGCAAAGCACAAUUGCCGGGAUUGAAGCUCAAAUGGGGGUCAUGUACUACAUGUUGGGGAAUUAUUCGGAGUCUUACGACUCCUUUAAAAGUGCAAUUUCAAAGCUCCGUGCAACUGGAGAGAAGAAAACUGCCUUUUUUGGGAUUGUUCUUAACCAAAUGGGGCUUGCUUGUGUACAACGUUAUUCCAUAAAUGAGGCUCAAGAAUUCUUUGAAGAAGCCAGGACUGUCUUGGAACAUGAGUGUGGGCGGUAUCACCCUGAUACACUUGGGGUUUAUAGCAAUCUUGCUGGCACUUAUGAUGCAACUGGCAGGUUGGAGGAUGCAAUUGAAAUCUUGGAGUACGUAGUUGAGAUGAGAGAAGAAAAACUUGGGACAGCUAAUCCUGAUGUAGACGAUGAGAAAAGAAGGUUGGCUGAGUUACUGAAAGAAGCAGGCAGAGUUCGGAGCAGAAAAGCCAGAUCACUAGAGAACCUCCUUGAUGCCAACUCCCACGGUAUAAGCAAUGAUGGUGUUAAGGUAUGAAAAGAACGGCAAUAUUUGGGAAACAGGAUGUAAUAUAGGACAUAUUUAAGAAGAAAAAGAUAGAAUAACCCAAGAAUGAAGAAGAAACAGUCGUUGGGUGUGUUGAUAAGAUUCUUGUUGUGUAGGGUGCAUGAAAUAAACUGAGGCUGGGGUUUUGGUUAUAUUAUUACCUUAUAAUAUACUGUAUGGCCGAAGUUUAUAUUAUUUUGUCACACUAUUUAUGUAAUUGGAUGUACCAAGAUUAGUACCAAAUUCAUCAUCAUUUGUAAUACGACAUUCAAGAAUCAUAGAUUUGUUUAACACUGCUACAGUCUGAAGAUUUAUCUUUU